AUGUUGUAUGAAGAAGAAGGAGUGAUUUUGAAAACAGAAAAGGGUGAAAAAGGCGAUAAGGGUGAUCGAGGUGAACCGGGACUACCAGGACCACCCGGACCAGAAGGACCACCUGGAACAUGUCCUAUCGAUUGUCAACCAGGGCGUGAUGGACGCGAUGGUACACCUGGAAGGCCAGGAGAUAUGGGACCGAUGGGACCGAUGGGACCACCUGGCCCACCAGGACCACCCGGACCACCAACUCAAAUACUACAAGAGAGACCAGGAGUUCAAACUCUUAUUGGUCCUGCAGGACCACAAGGAAUACCUGGACCAAUGGGACCAAGAGGACCAGCAGGACCACCAGGUAUUGGAGAGCCAGGAUUUCCAGGACCUCCAGGAGCUCCAGGCCGCUGUGAAAGAUUGCAUCCUGAUGAUAUCGAGCGGAUCAUUAGAGAUCCUCGAAUCAAGGGUGAAAAAGGUGAUUGCCUCCCGGGAAUACCGAUUCAUCGACCAGGUGAAAGUGAAAAAUUACCUUCAUAUGACCCUCGUCAACAUCGUUAUACCAUGAAAGGCGAAAAAGGUGAACGUGGUGACACAGGGCGAAUGGGUCCAAUGGGUCCAAUUGGACAACCAGGACCACCUGGACCUCCUGGACCAGCUGGACCACCAUUAGCCGCUUAUCCACAACCAACAUAUACUGCACCUGGAGGAGUUCAAGUAUAUCCGACUACAGUUGAAUUAUUCACCGCAUCACAUGGUAUGCCGAUAGGUUCGCUAACUUUUUGCAUAUCAAGUCAACAAUUAUACAUACGUGUUAAUGGUGGCUUCAAAGAUAUUAAACUUGAAGGUUUUCAUCCAAUUAUGGAACAUCGUCCAUCAGUUGAAAUUGAAUUUGAAUCACCGAAUGAAAAUUUCUUACAUUACUGGCAAGAAGGUCAUCAUACACGAUAUCCGGAUCAUGAUAGAUUGCGAUAUCGGGAACGACCAGGACCGGAUCGAACCCAUCCUGGUUUCCUACCACAUAGUCUUCAAACUAAAGAUCUUGUCCUUCAUCUCAUAGCAUUAAAUGUACCAAUGACUGGUAAUAUGCGUGGCGUACGUGGAGCUGAUUUAGCAUGCUAUCAGCAAGCUCGGCAAGCUAACUUUCGUACCACUUUUCGUGCAUUCCUUUCAUCACAUGUUCAGGAUCUUAACAAAGUGGUACAUAGCGGUGAUCGUGAUACACCGGUAGUUAAUCUUCGCGGGGAGCGAUUAUUCGAUUCCUGGAGUGAUAUAUUCCAACAACGACAAAUGGCUGAUGUACCCAUUUAUUCAUUUAAUCGUCGAAAUGUUUUCGUUGAUUCUAUAUGGCCUGAAAAACGUAUAUGGCAUGGUUCGGAUUUGUCCGGUUUGCGUAGUGAAUCCGGUUAUUGUAAUGCUUGGAGAUCAUCAGCAUCAUCCCAAGUAGGACGAGCAUCAUUUAUUGGACGUGGUUUACCAUUAUUACGUGAUAGCCGUGAUUCUGAAUGUUCACGUGAAUUAGUAGUACUUUGCAUUGAGAAUAUGAGCAAAUACAAUGCUGAUAAACGAUUGGGCAAGAAGAGAACAUAUUUUAGUGAAUAAAAAAUGGCGGAAAUAAUUGCUUUCAUUUUCAUAUAUUUCUCUAAUAUCCUGUAAAAUUUGCAUAAUACAUAAG